AUGAUUGGGGCAGACACCAGGGUGAAGAAGUACAUCCACCUGUGUAAGAAGUUCCUGACAGGCACGGGUCUCUUCUUCUUCGCUGUGGUCAUGGCCCUGCUGUUUCCAUUAUUUGCAGUUAAAGUGAGCACUCUUUCUGAUGACGUGAGCAAGCUUGCUGCGCGGAACAGGAUGACUGAGCUACGAGUCACAGAACUAGAACGAAUGUGUCUGCUUCCUGGGCCAAACCACUCUCCAGAAAAUGGCCUGUUGACGUCACCGACUCCACCAGUUGCGCCUGGGUCUUCUGAAAAGGUGACCACAGAAUACGCCGGAGCCUUUGGCCCUUCUAGGCCGUCCGGGCCCCCGAGAAAAAUGGGAGAAAAGGGGCCAAUGGGGCCGCCUGGCCCUGCGGAAAAGGCCGGUAAGCUAAGCUCUACCGGGUCUCCUAAUCCACUAGCGCUCGGGCCCUCAGGAGAGAAGGGGCCAAUCGGACCGGCUGGGCCGCCCGGCCCCCCAGGAGAGAAGGGGCCAAUGGGGCCGGGUAGUCCUGAGGGAAAGGCCGGUAAGCCUGGCUCUACCGGGGCUCUUGGGUCGCCCGAACCCCCGGGAGAGAAGAGACCCAUGGUGCCGGCUGGGCCUGAGGGAAAGGCUGGUAAACCUGGUUCUACCGGGCUUCUUGGGUCCCCCGAACCCCCGGAAAAGAAGGGCCCCAUUGGGCCGACUGGCAGACCUGGUCCUUCGAAUUCUGGAUUUCUUAUUGCCGAAGGAAAGAAGGGGCGCGUGGUGCUGCCUCCUCCUAGGAGAAUGAGUAAAGCCGAGUUAUUUUGGGGUUAA